AUGGGCGAUGCUCUUGGAGUAUUUAGCACCAUUUUCCAGCCAAAUCAAGUCUGCUGGACGGCAUUGAUGCUCGGGUACGUUGAAAACAGCCAGGCCGAAACAGCACUACAUUUUUUCUUGCUAAUGCAGCUCGAGGGAUGUUCUCCAGACGUGUGGACGCUCGUUUGCGUGCUCAAAGCUUGUGGAAGCUCAGUAGCCUUGAGGCUUGGCCGGAUACUUCACGAAGAGAUCACGAGCUUGGGGUUCCAGUUCCAGGGAGCCGUGAUCUCUUCGUUGGUAGAUUUCUACAGCAGAUGUGGGAGCAUGGACGAAGCGGAGCUGGUUUUCAACUCGGUCUCGAGGAAGGAUGCUGUGAGUUGGAGCUCACUUAUCGCGGGCUACAGCCGCCAGGGAGACAACGAUCGAGUGAUCCAGCUCUUUGAGAAGAUGUGUGACGAGGGUGUCAAGCCGGACGGUGUAACUUAUGUCUCGGUGCUCGCGACUUGCAGCCGGGCUGGGAUGAUCGAGCAAGGCAAGAAAUUUUUCCAGGAGAUGACGUCUAGGUGUGGAUUAGAUCCGGGCAUUGAGCACUACCACUGCAUGAUCGACAUGCUGGGACGAGCAAAGCAGAUCGAAGAAGCUCUGGAGAUGGUGGAAGCUAUGCCGUUCGAAGCCACAAUGGUCACUUGGACGAGUUUGCUGGCUGCUUGCUCGAAGUGGAAGAAUGGGAGAGUGGAGAAGAUUGCUUGUGACAACAUCGUCUCUCUCCUGCAGAAGAUUUCUCCAUAG